AUGCCCGCCGGCGUGGCAGGGAAGCCGUGCGCGGCGCUCCCUCCGGGGGAGCCUCUCGGGGCCGCCCCGUCCCCUCACGGGGAGCUGCAGUACCUGAAGCAGGUCGAGCACAUCCUGCAGCGCGGGCACCGGAAGGAGGACCGCACCGGCACCGGCACCCUCUCCGUCUUCGGGAUGCAGGCGCGCUACAGCCUCCGAGAGAACUUUCCAUUGCUAACAACUAAAAGAGUUUUCUGGAAGGGAGUAGUUGAAGAACUACUUUGGUUUAUUAAGGGUUCUACAAAUGCAAAAGAGCUUUCUGCAAAAGGUGUCAAGAUCUGGGAUGCCAAUGGUUCUCGUGAAUUCUUAGAUAAGCAGGGAUUCUUUUCUAGAGAGGAAGGGGACUUGGGUCCAGUUUAUGGUUUCCAAUGGAGACAUUUUGGAGCUGAAUACAAAGAUAUGAAUACAGAUUACACAGGGCAAGGAGUAGAUCAGUUGCAGCAGGUAAUUGAUACAAUCAGAAAUAAUCCAGAUAACAGAAGAAUAAUCAUGUGUGCAUGGAAUCCCAAAGAUGUCUCCAUGAUGGCCCUGCCUCCGUGUCAUGCUCUCUGCCAGUUCGACGUUUUAAAUGGUGAACUCUCCUGCCAGUUGUAUCAGCGUUCGGGAGACAUGGGUUUGGGAGUACCCUUCAAUAUUGCCAGUUAUUCGCUGCUCACACUGAUGAUUGCUCACGUCACAGGCUUGAAGCCUGGAGACUUUGUUCAUACAUUAGGAGAUGCUCAUAUAUACCUAAACCAUAUUGAACCUUUGAAAAUACAGCUUCAGAGGGAACCGAGACCUUUUCCUAAGAUCAGCAUUAUUCGCAAAGUUGAAAAGAUCAAUGAUUUCAAAGCGGAUGACUUCAAAAUAGAAGGUUAUAAUCCUCAUCCAGCUAUUAAAAUGGAAAUGGCUGUAUAAUGGACUUGCUUCAAGGAAUGUUACUUAACCUUUUCAACAGUGUUUUAAAUGUUGUAAGUAUUCAAAAUAUCCAUAAGGGCAAAAUAGGUCCAUCUUUCGUGAUAUAUUACCUUGGCCUUCA